AUGUUUCAUGAUCUUAAAUCUAGUGAGAAAACCAUCAGACGGACAUAUAGCGAAGGCAGUAACUCACCUCCUACCGUCCGUCGUCGAAGUAAAACAGAGUCGCAUAAUAGUGGAUUCAGAGAAAGGUACAGUCACAUUAUUUGUAGACGUGUACGGAAAACUAUUUUGAGAAAUCAUCAAUUUGUUGAUGAGACAUUCUCUUUAAAAUCAGUCAUUCGCCUUCAACUGGUUAAAUAGGAUUAGAUGAUAAAUUUUAAUGUGCAUUGCAGGUAAAAAUCGUAAUUUACCAUGGUAUCGCUGGCUUUUAUUAUUGUUUUUAUCUUACCCAAAAUCAAAUAAAGAUAAAAAUACCUUGUUUGGUACAUUUCCAAUGAGAAUCAGAUAAAAGAAGCAAGGAUUCUAAAAGCAUGAUUCAAAUAUACGAUGGAUCUAUAGGAAUUUGAAUACCCAAUAUCAUGGUAUGACACUAAUCCUUUAAUGUCACUUACAUAUAACCGUCGGAUAUUGUAGCCUUUGUGAGAAACGUGGAGAACAGUUUAGAUAAAACUGAAUUAUCCAGUAUGAACAUGCGCUAUACAGUGAACUUGUCCUGUGCAUGUCGUGAAAGUUGAACCACAUUCAACUUGUGAUGUAUGUACUCAGGUGAAGAUAUAUUGGAGAUGAUGAUUUCUGUGUGUGUCCACACCGGGCGAGCUGAAACGUUUGCUUGACCGCGGUUGGGAGACCAACCCGCAACUUUUGGUUUGCUAGUCCUAUGCUCUACCAACUUGGCUACAAGGUCAAGUCAGUACUAGUAGGUGAUAUUUCAAAACUCAAUCUAUUUCCUUCGAUACCGCCGAGGAUGUGGGAGGGCAUGGAAUAGGCAUUUCCCCCCUGGCCCGCAGCUCAAAAGGGGCCCAACCAUUCGGUGGAGUAUUGUAAAUUUUGUGAGUUUUAGUAGCUUGUAAACAAAUUACCAACUAUCAGGCUGCAAAGAACUUCACUUAAGAACACGUAUAAAUUUAAUAUCUCACCAUAUUUCACUUGCAGAACGGACACAAACAAUUCAUUCAGUGAUCGUCAAGAUAGCGAUGAUGAGAGUAUCCUGGAUACUGAACCUAUCAGAUUAUCAUUCACUGGCUCUGAAUCUACUGAAGAAAACAAGGUUACUUCACCUCAUCGUAAACUUUGUCCACAAGGAUCACAUCUCGGAAGAGAGAGGUAAUACUCGUAAACGCUGGUGAUUCAAGCACAAUUUUCAGUUGCAAACUUUAGUUGAAAUAAAUGGACAUUUCGAUCAAAUGCCCUUCUGUCAGGAGAAUUAGUAGGAAGAUAGAAAUCAAACACGUUGCUUUUAUAGUUAGGAUGUGCCGUAUACUGCUUUGGCGCAUACUGGAUGUUAUCGGAUGGUAGUCAUCCGGAUACCGGCAGAGAGCAGUUUACAUUGCGAAAAACUUUUUUGUAUUUUUUAUCCGUCACACGCUCAGUAGUUGUUUGUGUUUCGCAAUUUCGUAAUACGUAAUUGAAAGUAUUCAACCACCGUAGAAUUAUAACUUCUUGUCAACCAAUCUUUAUGAAUAAGAAGAAAUUCGGGAAAAGGCGCUUCAUCCGGAGGAUUGGUAUAAAAGUAUGACGGUUAUCAUAAGCAGAAUUAUCAAAUGUGGUGAGCUUGUAGUACAGCAUUGUAGCUUUUUCACUAGUCUAAAUACUUCCUCUUUCUUUUUUGCUUUCAUAGUUCAAUCAGUUCUCGUGAACCUCCUAAGAUUUCCGCACCACCUGAAAUAGUUAAACAGAAAACUUGGUCAAGAAGGACUGGGGCAAAUGCUCCCGUACCUCACUUACUAAUGCCCAGACCCCUAGAGAUUGAGAUUGACUCAAAAGAACCAUCUACUUCUGCUCCUUCGUCACCUACGAAGUCCCAAAAAUCCCCACUUCGUCGCUUGAGAUCCCUACCUUCAGGUCAAGGUAAAGCAAGUAAGGAAUCAAACAGAAUUCCCAAACUACGAUUACCAGGUAAUUUUGGAUGAAUGUCAGUAUGCAUUGGAGCAUUUUGGUUUCCAUCACGUAUCCGAGCAAGUUGAGAAAUUAGUGUUGCAAAAUUGUUUAGUGGAGAAAGUGUUAGAUCAUACUACAUAGUAAUGCUUCGGGAACUUGAUAGUAAUGCUUAUACAGGACUUCUACACUUCGCUAACUAGAACUAACUUGUUGUGAGUUAUUGAAGUUGUGAACUAGGGUAUAACAACGUCGUAUUCUGUUGUAUUGGUGAUUGGUCUAUUUUUGAAUACAUUAUUCUUAUCUUACGUUUACAGAGGAAGAUGGUUGUAGUUCCAGUCCUCCAGUGAGUCCUCGGUCACCACCAAUGUCUCCACGUCUUAUGCGUAAAUCGAGUAUUAAACUGACGGCGCGACAUACAAUAUCAUUCAAGAAGUCUGCUAAUGGCUUAGGAUUUUCAUUGGAAUCUAUCCGAGUGUAUAUUGGUGAUUCAGAUUACUUUAUUGUGCAUCAUUUGAUUAAGGUUAGAAAAAUGUGUCUAUAUGAAUUAUAUGAAUUAAACACGGCACGGGCGUCGUAGCUCUAGGAAUGGGGAUGGAAAUCAGAUGCAGCCUUCUCUACAAUAGUUGGCUUUCCAAAUGUCAGAUCGUCAUUUGAAAAGAUGCGCCCCACCCGGGGAUCGAGCCCAGGGUCUUUGGUUUAAUGUACCAGCACUCUAAUUAUACUGAGCUGUUGGGAUCGCCCGACUGAAAAAACCAUUCAUUUCAUGGUCAACCAACAUCGUCCCACUACAUUAAUGUCCAGAGACCUUGGGUUCGACUCCCGGCUGGGACGCUCAGGAAACAAUUUUUCAGCAAAUGAGUCAAUUUGUAAAAUCAACGUUACACUCUGCUAAGGACAGCACGCAAUAUUCUACAACGCUUGUUUACACUAUCAAAGUUUUGUUUAUCAAUCUGCUUGUCGCUUUGGAUACAAUUCUAACAUUGUGUGAAAGUUUGUUGACAGAGUUUGUUGUAAUCCUAUAAUCUUUCAUAGUGUAAACCAGGUUAGGUAGUUGUAUAUUCCAGUGACCCGUGCGACGCCCGUGAACCCAAGUCACAUGCGAAAAUCAGUAUUGUAAAAUUCGAAGUCGUGUUACCAUGCAAGCCCUAACAUGGUCUUAUCUUGGUUUUGGCCUUUUUUCGUCCUGACUUUGCCUCUGUUAAUAUAUAUUUAUAAACGUUAAAGCAAGGAUAACUCAUGCUCACGUCAAAUAUUUCUAGGAUGUGACACCAGAUAGUGGUGCUGCUGAAGCUGGCUUAAGAACUGGAACAUUGCUCACUCAUAUCGGUGACAAGGUAAGAUAUUAUAAGACUGCUCAUCUUACUAAUUAUCAUAUUGCAGCUCAAAAACUCAUUGCUAGUAGUUGUACGUUUACUGCAGUGUUCCACAGCCGCUAAAAAGUCACACAAUUAACCGUGGUACGCCGAUUAAAGAUUAGUUUGACUGUACUGUAUUUUGGCAUCCACAUAGCAUUGACCUUUGGAAUUAGGUCCGUUUUGAUUAGAUUAUUUUAAAACUAGAAGUUCAACUAUUUGGACUGGUCCCCAGUCAUUCGGAUAACAAUGUAAUUUGAGUUGGUCAGAAUGCACUUGAAAAUUUCAUUUUGCCUUAACAUUCAGCGCUUUCCUGGGGAAAAUCAAUGACCAUAUAUGUGUAGACAUUGUAUUCCUGCGCACUGUUUCCUUGUGGGUUCGUAGACUAAGAUAGUGUCGUAAUCUCCUGUAAUGAUAGCGGUGUGUCCAAGCUAGAUUAAGGUAUCGAGGUUUUAUCGUUGUUUACAGUGGCAUGUGCUUUAUGACCAAGACUAUUUUGUAUAUGUUCUGUUGUAGGGUGUCCAUGGGCUAAAUCAUCGACAAGUCAUUGAAUUAUUGCUCAGCAGGCAAGCUGUACUUAAACUAACUACAACUGAACUAUCCCAGACCACAAUCAAACGUGGAGGUAGAAAACGAUGUACGUCAAUCAGUAAACGAAUAGUAAAACGUUCCUCAUUUCGUAACCACAAACGAAGUGCUAGUAACCAGUCUACUAGUGGCACGGAAGAGCGAACGAGGAAAAGUUCCUUAAUAAGAAGAUUUAGUUGGAAACGAAGUACAUCGCCUAGAGGUGUGAGACGUACUAGUUCGCUCAAGAGAACGUCGUCAAAUGUCGAACGUGGAACGUCGGGAUCACGUCGAUUACAUUCGUCGAUGAUCGUGUCAUCCUCGCAGAGUAGUAGUCCGUCGUCAUCGCCAGGGGGCUCUGGAACCCAUCCUUCACGACCAGGUGAGAGAGUUUUAUCUGAAGUCAAAACAACUACGAGUAAAUAU